AUGACUGAUUCGAGACAAUUGGAAGAAGAGAUACAGGUAUAUGAAGGGACUUCUGGUGGAGAACUUCAGAGUGCUCAAGUGCUACGCCAUAGAAAACCAAUUAGUCUUCCACCAACUCCCAAACCUCAAGUGAUGCCUCAUUUCCCAUAUAGUUUGGUAUUGAAAGUAGAAACUUCUGAGCCAAGAGAUGUCUUACAACUGGAAAGAACAUGCCUUACAUUUGUCAGAUUUUCCACUGCUUUAUUUUUCACUGCUUUGGGGAUCAUUUUGAAUUUUCGAAUAGACACCUCAGGACAUCCGCAUGAUGGCAAUUCUAAUAAUGAUAACCAUCAUAAAAAGAAGUUUUUCAAUCAUUCUUUAUUCAGCACAGCAGUAUCUUAUAUAUUGUUGGCUCUUUCAUUGUUCAUUUUAGCUGUUAGUGGUGUUAAUUAUUUUAUUACUAUCGAUAGAUAUGCAAAACACAAAAUUGCAACAAAUAGUUUCAAUAAUUUAACUAUCAUUGGUAUCACCGGUAUAAUAAUUACAUUAAUGGCCAUAAACAUCACCAUGAUUAUAGAAGCUUACAUAGAAGAUGCUUAG